AUGCAACUUUUCCACCUACUAACUCUACUUAUUGGUUUACCGUACGGAUUCUCGGAAAAUCUACCGAAACACCGACUGAAUUGCCGGAAAAGCGAGUAUUUGUGAGUGUACACACUUGGAAAUCUAUAAUACAUAAGUCUGACGUGUUCAGACUCUACCGAUCAGAGGAAGCGUUGAAAACAAUCUCGAUUGUGCUGAAAUUCCGGUCGAGUAUGCAAUUUGAUCACCUUUCUGCGAAUGAUAUUGUCCAUCAUGAGUGUUGGAGGAAAAAUAGUGAGUGGACAAUAUCGAGAGAGAGAGAGACCAAUGACAACAUUUGUGGAACGUGCAGAACGGAGCGCAGGCGCCGAUCAUCCGGCCAUCUGGCUCAUGUCGUCUCUCUACGAAGCGACGCACACAACUUUCAACGAGUUUGCGACGGUCCGCGAAAAGGCAAACUUUGGAAUGACGGAAUAUCUGAACAAUCCGGGCACGAACAUCCUCGGCACCGCCUGGUUCCGCCACCAACUACAGGCACUCGUUCACGACGGCAAACUCAACGAUAUGAUCCGCUUCGAGCCGAGUGUCUACGAGCGGAUUGUCAAUGAAAUGCCGUACGGAACCGAUGAGCUCUUUGGCACCAUCGAGGCACGGAACGUCGUUUGUUAUCAGGAUCGGCACAGAAGAUGGCACUUGAAGCUCCAACUCGUUUUGCCCGAUUUGGAAAGGAUUCGAGUGGAAGAGGUACGGUUUUCCGUCAAAUUAUACACCAAACCGUAACCAGUUUCAGUGCGAAGACUUUGGAGAAGUUCAUAAUAACUCGUACGCGUACUACGAGAUGCCCGACCGAAUUGUGAAAUAUCAGGGAAAGUAUAUGAAGUUGGAUACGCGACUUUGUGAGGAGAAAUAUGUGAGUUACCCCCAACUUUUUGAAACUUUAUUGAUUGCAUCAUAUCAGGAGCAUCAAUUGUGUCUGUUCAACUCAUUAUCCGAUGUGGAAUGCACGAAAAAUAGCGUCGAGUUUUGUGAGAAACGGAUAAUAUCGAUGCCAUUGAACCAGGGACCGUUUGUGAGACAAAUGAAGGAUGGAAAGAUUUAUGUGCAUUACGAUCAGAAUGUGAGUGGAUGAUAGCAAAACUCCGUGAACUUUGAGGGACCAUAUCUCGAUAACCAUUAGUUAUCUAAACACAUUGUCAACAGCAAAGUUGUUGCAAAUUUUGUGCUCUACAACUUUGUAGUUGAUCAUUUUGUCUCAAAACGUUUAAUUAACACUGUAACAAAACGUUUUUCAGAGAAUACAAUACUCUUCGAGUGGUCCCGAAUCGUAUGGCGUGCUCUCCUCAAUGAUAUUGUUCUCUUCACUCUUCUUGCUAAUUUGAUGCAUAAUUGUUUAGUUUUAAAGUUUAAGUUAUGAAAUUAUAUUAUUUACACCCAAACAGCUAGGAUACGUGGCUUUGAAACAUACAAUAGUCAACCGUAGCCCUUGUUGCUAAUUACUAUUGUCCAUUUCUGUUUCCGGUGGUCAAUAUUGCUCAUUGUUUCUCCAAAAAGGCGGUAGAUGACACACUAAAAACAGAUGGUCAACAACGUUUGUUAUCAGUAACUUUUCGAUUCGUUCUCCAUCACUCUGCUUACGUUAAACUUCAAAUUUGAAAUUGUAUGUUUUACCUCUUGAUUUCAGAUGAAAUUCAUAGUUGUCAUGCUUGGUUUAAUUGUGUUAAGUGUCUCUAAACACCUACCACGUGAACGAAUAUUGUGCAGACGCGAAGACUUUCUGUGAGAUCCCGUCGCCGCCUUUUUCUGGAUAAAAUUAGGCACAAUUUUAGAAUUUAUCAAACCGUCGAUCAGUUCAAGAAUGUGCCAAUCGAUUUGAAAUUCAAGAACAAUAUCCGGUUUGAGCACUUGUCCGGAAACGAUAUUAUCCAUCAAGAAUGCUCGAGGAAGCAUGGUGAGUUUAGGAGCGAAAUAGCUCAGCUGUCGGUGGAGGUAUCGAAAAGAGACCAACUAUGAAAAUGUACAAAAUUUUAUGAGGAAUAAUUGUUUAGUUGAUCACUUUUUGAUGUCUUCACAAAGAACUGAGUUAUAUUGUUCUAAAUGAUCGGCGUCCAAAUAGAACAACGACUAUUGUAGUCUUCUAUAUCUCAGUUGCCGGUGAAGAUAUCAAAAAGUUGUCAACAAAGAAAAUGUACUCCAUAGCUCGAAGAACAAUUUACUAGUUGACAACUUUUUGAUAUCUCAACCGACAGCUGAGAUACAGGUCAUUUCAGAAGGUAGAAUGGGUGUGGACAGACCAGCAGUUAUCCUACUCUCCUAUUUACACGAAUUCACCACAAAAACGUUCAAUCAUUUGGCUACAAUACCCGAAAAAAUCGACUUCUCCCUCACCGAAUACCACAAUAAUCCGGGAAAUAACAUUCUGGCGGUUGCCUGGUUCCGAUACUAUCUUCAAGAUUUGGUGUACCACGAACAACUCAGCGAUCUGAUAUUAUUCGAGCCCAAAGUUUACGAGACGAUUGUCAAUGAAAUGCCACGUCUAUACCACGAACUGAUAAAAAUGAUCGAGGCCCGGGAUGUGGUGUGUUAUCAGGAUGAUCUGGAGAAAUAUCAUGUCAAGUUUCAACUCGUCGUGCCGGAUUUGCAGAAGAUUCGGGUGGAAGAGGUCGGUUUUCCGUCAAAUUAUACACCAAACCGUAACCAGUUUCAGUGCGAAGACUUUGGAGAAGUUCAUAAUAACUCGUACGCGUACUACGAGAUGCCCGACCGAAUUGUGAAAUAUCAGGGAAAGUAUAUGAGGUUGGAUGAGCGACUUUGUGAGGAGAAAUAUGUGAGUUACCCCCCAACUUUUUGAAACUUUUUUGAUUUAAUCAUAUCAGGAGCAUCAAUUGUGCCUCUUUAACUCAUUAUCCGAUGUGGAAUGCACGAAACAUAGCCUCGAAUUUUGUGAGAAGCGGAUAAUAUCAAUGUCAAGGGACCAGAAACCGUUUGUGAGGCAAAUGAAGGAUGGAAAAGUUUAUGUGCAUCACGAUCAGAAUGUGAGUGGAUAAUAUCGAAACUCCGUGAACUUUGAGGGACCAUAUCUCGAGAACCAUCAGUUAUCUGAAGACAUUGUCAACAGCAAAGUUGUUGCAAAUUUUCUGCUCUACAACUUUGUAGUUGAUCACUUUGUCUCAAAACGUUUCAUUCUCAACUUAUAACUAAUUUUCUACAAACUAUUUUCAGGAGAGACUCUUCCUGAGCGGUUGUGGACCUAACCGGCUACUUGGCACCUUCCUCGUCCUCAUCUCAUUUUUCUAUUCCAUACACCGUACCUAA